AGGAGGCCGAGUCGAGUCGUUUGCUCAAAGGAUCAAACCCAAAACACGGCUCGUAUUUUCACUUUAUCGUUUGCAAACAAGCGCCACUUUUCAAAAAUAUUUCACCUUUAAAGACAACAGAUCAGCAUGGGAAAUCAGAAGUGGUAGGGUCCAUCUGACUUAAGGUGUGGGAGCGAGGCUGCUCCCCUUCCCCCGCCCUCCUGGACGGCCCCGAAAUGACCACAGGGGAGUGUUGCCACCUCCCAGGCUCCCUGUGCGACUGCACUGGCAACGCUGCCCUGUCUAAAACUGUGGAGGAAGCAGACAACCGACGGGCCCAGUACAUCACCCAGGUCACGGCCAAGGAUGGACAUCUACUAUCAACUGUUAUCAAAGCCCUUGGCACACAGAGUGAUCGGCCAAUUUGUCGGAUCUGCCAUGAGGGUCAGGACAUAUGCAACAGCGAGGGGCUCCUCUCGCCGUGCGAUUGCACUGGCACAUUGGGCACAGUACACAAAAGCUGCCUGGAAAAGUGGCUGUCCUCCUCAAACACCAGCUACUGCGAGCUGUGCCACACAGAGUUUACCAUAGAGCGCCGGCCCCGGCCGCUCACAGAGUGGCUCAGGGACCCAGGCCCCCGGAACGAGAAGCGCACGCUGUUCUGUGAUAUGGUUUGCUUUCUGUUCAUAACGCCCCUGGCGGCCAUCUCGGGUUGGCUGUGUUUGCGGGGUGCACAGGACCAUCUGCACUUCAACAGUCGUCUUGAGGCGGUCGGCCUCAUCGCUCUGACCAUCGCACUCUUCACCAUCUACGUCCUCUGGACUCUGGUCUCAUUCCGCUACCACUGUCAGUUGUACUCUGAGUGGAGACGAACCAAUCAGAAAGUUCGCUUGCUCAUUCCCGACACCAAGGGUGCACACUCUACCCAGCAUUCCUUGCUCUCCACCAAGCUGCUGAAAAAGACAGCAGAUGAGACCAUAGUAUGAGAGGCGUGGAGUGGGGAAGAAGGGGCCCGAUCGUAGUGGUAUUAGUGUGCUACAGGUUCCUGAUGCAGCGUUGUCAGCUAGAGCCGUGGCACUUGUGGAUGCAUUAUUUUCUAUUUAAUCCUUUUUAUCUAAAUAUGUGAGCACUUAAUUUUUUUUUUCAACAGUCUCUUAUUUUUAAGCAUUUAUAAGUGUGUUGUUUUAAGAAACCUUUAUUUAUUUGGGGAUUAAACAGCAAUGCUGAGGCCCCGUACCAUUCAGUAUGCAUCGUAUUUGAAACAAUCGGAAAUCUAACUUGUGCAUAGACGAUUCCUUUGAGCACAGCAGGGAAGGAUUUUGAAUCAAGUACGGAUGGAUGCUGAAGCUUAAUACCAAACCUUCCUUUAAUUUUCAAUGUAUUGUUUUUUACUCAUCUACCUUAAUGGACUUUCUAUAUUAACCUGACAGAGAAUCGGUCCGAACUUAUUCUUGGCAAAUUUUAGCCCUUGAGGCUCAUAUUUAGUCAGGAUGUAAAUGUAUAAAUGUAUACACACUAUGUGAACAAGUAAGCUGUAAGCUUUGAUUGACAUGGGUAUUGCAGAACUACAGGGCUCUUUGCACUUGGUCACCCAUUUAGGGCCCAGGCAAUGGAUGUGGAGGCUGAUUAUUACCACAGUGAUCAACAAGCUCACCAUGCCCACUUGAAAUGAGAAAGAUAGGCAGUAUAGGAAAAGAAGAGUGCAAUAACACACUGCCCGUUUGCUCUUCUGCGUGAUACCGCUGUAAACACGCAUGUUGUUAUGCAUGCCUGUUUUUGUUUCAAAAGUCUCAUCAAAUUGGUGACUGUUCGGUGCAAAGUGUGUUUGGGGCUUUGCAUAUGGAUCAAAGGCUGCUUUUUGAGCCUGCCCUGAUCUCAUGGAAAUGAUGUGACUGUGGCAACAUUUUUGCAAAAUUAUGUGACGCGGGUCCUUACACUUAUCGCGGCAGUUCCGAAGUGAAAUGUCCACUGUGUGGCGCUAAAAGUGAGUUAAUUGUUCUCAGUUCAUGAGGUUUUUUAAAUUUGAUGGUUUUUAAAGUUAAGAAUCAACAUAACUGGCCUCUUUACCUUAAACCAAACCUAACCUAAUUUUGUGGUGCUUAUAUGCUCUUUAGGACUCGAACCCCUGUCCUUUGCAUUGUAAGUGCAAUGGUCUAUCAGUUGAGCUACCAUGCAAUUCGAUUACACUUGAGUAAGCUUCUGAAUGUAGUUGGUUAUGUAAUGCAAACUUUAAAAAUGUUUACUUUAGUGCAUGACUUAUAAGAUUUAAAGCAUUUUGUGAGGAACAGGGUGAAAAGUAUGUGUUUAUGAACUGAUAAUGUGCUGUUUUACUCAUGAUUUGUGUGAAAGUGGUUGUUGUAGCGCCACUAGUGUUCAUUUGCCCAGGAAACUUUUGUGAUCUGUACAACGAACCAAAUAAAUCACAAUGCAAAAAUGUAGGUAUAGUAUCGUGAUUCUGUGUGACCAGUUUGCAUUUGUCCAAACAUUGCAAAACAGCAUGCAAUGGUCCUGAAUUUGUAGCACUUUGACAACGUAGCAUAGAUGUGAGCUGAUCAAUAGUAGAUACGUGUAAGCUAAUGGGAUCCAAAUAUGUGGCAACAUUGUAUGUUGUGUUGAGUUGUAGUAAGUGCAGAUGCAAGCAGACCUCUACAAGUUCAUUGUUCUGAAUCACUUUCAAAUGGCUCUAAAAUCAUGAUUUUUUUUUUGUUUGUUUUUGGUUUAUCAGCAAGUGUGUGAAGCUGAAUGUGUUUGUGUGUUUACAGUAUGCAUUUUGUAAGCUCUAUUUUUGUGUGCAGUUUAGUUAGUUUCAGCAAUAUCAAAUGGCAGAGAUUGAGGGGUUUUGUAGCAGUUUACCUUGUGGAUGAUUUCAUGCAGCUUAAUGAGAGGUCAAGCCGCUGAGGAAGAAGUCAUUGUGUGAAGCUUAACUUCAAUUCCAGACCAGUUAUGAACCAUUUACUCAUCCAUUAAUUACACUUCAAGAAAAGGCAUCUUUUAGCUGUGUGUCAGUUUGGUGCAAGAACAAUGUGCAAAACACCACCAACCGUCAGAGCUUUUCAUUCCCUCUGGAGAAAGUACUAUCUGAAAGCAACUCAUAAGUGAAUCGUUUACCCAAAAAUGAAAGUUUUGUCUUUUAGUCGCCCUCUAAUAUCGUUCCAAAUCCAUAUGAGUUGCUUUGUCUGUGGAACACAAAAUAAGGUAUUUUUAAGAAUCUCCGAGUUGCAUUUUCAUACAGUGAUUGAGAAUGGGGAUUGAUGCUUUCAAGCUCCAAAAAUUACUAAAAAGGACCAUUUAAUGUAGGCCAUACAAUUUAUUCUAUUUUGUUGUUUUUCCCUGCUAUUUACUGAAAACUUUGGGCAUUGCCAUAGCUCUCAAAUCUCAUUCACGGUCUUAGGCCACAUCAAAAGUCACUAAUUUGUUUAUUUUGACAACUCGUUUUUUUAGUUUCCUAACAUUUUCAAAUUGUGUGUUAAUGGAAAGAGUUUUCGAAACGCUCCGUUUUCAGUGCAGUAAAACGACAUUCUAGUAUGGAUGAAAGGUUUAUAUGUAGCAAAAUUAAUGUAUUUUUAAACAAAAACAUAUUAGUGUGGAUGCUUUCUUAGGACACGUCCACACUAAUUAGUUUUUGUAAGAAAACCCAGUUUAGAGUUUUCUAACAUUAUCCACACCCUCACCUCCACAUAGAUUAGUGUUUUAGUAAUGUCUUUCUCUAAAAAUUGUAAUCCGAUUACUUUAUUAAAAGUAAUAACAUUACUUUUAUGUUACUUCUAAAACACUUCAAGCGUUUUUCGCUCGACAAAUUCAAACUGACUAUAUUUCCUCACUCAAAUGCAAACAAACAUAUACAAUGUAUAUGAAUUGAAAGUUAGUAACUGUAAUGUGAUUACAAGAAUUUAAAAUGUUAAGUUUUUGACUAAAAAGGUAGAUUACAGUAACAAUUUUGUAAUCAGAUUACAACCAACACUUAAAACAAUAUAUUUCAGUCUAUUACAGUGCAUGGGUGGUAUGGACUUUAGUAUUUUUAUGGUGUGUUUUAGUACUUUUUGGAAUUUACAGUAGCUGCCCUUGGUCACUCUAUGCUGUCAUUGUAUGGAAAAAGCUGUUCGGAAAAUAUCUUAUUUUGUUUUUAAUGGAAGAAACAAUAUAAGGGUGAUUUAAAUUAUCACAGAUUAACAAUUUUGGGGUGAAUUAUAAAUUUAAAGUUGCUUUCACACCUAGAGCAAUGUGAAAUCUCUGGGCAUGGCUCUUUGGUAUAUGCAGUGUCGUAGAAAUGUCACAUUCGCUUCUCCUAACGUGGACAUUUUAGUGCAUUUUCUAUGCAUUUAAUGUGGAAAAUCUUAGUGCCGAAUGACUAAAAGCAUGUUGUUCACUCAAGGUCUGAACUUCUGGCCAUAAUACUAAAGAUGAUCUCAAUAAAAUUAGCUUCUCAAGAUAUUUAGGUCCAGACCCAUAUAUCUUUAAUUGUAAAUUCUGAGUUUCCAUUGUAAAUGUGAAGAUAAACUGAUGUCUUUGUUUUUUUAAGUGUUGUGUGCUGUAGGUCCAGGUUUUUUUUUUUUUUUUUUUUGUAUUGCAAACAGGCCCAUGAAUGUCUGGAUUAUUUGCUGACAAUUUUUUUAAUGGACACCGCUUUAGGUAUGCAUAGUCCAUUCAGUAGAUCUGUUAAAGGAAUAGUUUACCCCCCAAAACUGUUAUUUCAUGCCUGACAUCUCUUUUUGUGUUCCACGGAAAGAUGUCAUGUGGAUAUGGAAGUAAAUGAUGACAGAAGUUACAUUUUUGGGUGAACGAUCCCUUGAAGUGCUGUGCUGACAAAGAUCAGUGCCACAAACAAGUGAGAUUGAAAUGACAAAAAGGUGCUUCAAACAUGCAAAAGUUUCCCCAUGAAAAGCAUCAACCGCCUGUCUCACAUCAGCUAAUUUCGCUUUGAGAAUGAGAGAUUUGUCACUAGAGGGAAAAAAACUUUAAUGCAAAAUCAAAAGAUGUUUGUUUUCCUCUCUAAAUGGAUUCUCUUCAAGGACAAUAUUGUUUUGUAAGGGGGUGGGGAUUUUGCAAUAGAUAUACAAAAUACGAUGGCAUUACUUGUGAUAUGUAUACUUGGUGGGGGGUACCUUCAUCUCCAUCAUCGUUGUCUGUUCCAUUACUCGGGUGUAUUAGAGAGAAAGUUGCUCUUUUAUGCUGAUCCGUACCACCAUUUGAAAAAUGGAUACUAACCAGGUGUCGCUGCUACUUGGAGGAAUGCUGUCUCAUUGUUGUGCUUCCACCUCAAAUUUUAUUUGUAUUUUUUUCGGGGGGCAUUUCCUGGUUAUUUUGCAAAGUAGAGUAAUAAAUCGAGAGUGCAAUUUCAGAAAUAUUACAAUGCAAUUCUUCCUAUAACCUUAACAAUACAUGUAUUAUAUAAAUGUAGAUGUCAUAUAGGAGGAAAGGACUAUGGUUUUUGGUCAACUUGCAGUGGAUGCAAAUGAGCUGGCGACAGUAUGCAAGCUCAAAGCAGCUCAAACGAUGUUUUAAUAGAACUGAUCCCAACUGUUUCUCAAAUUAAUGCUUUCUUUUAUUUUUUUUUAACUACAGUGGCACUUUCACAUAUUUAUGUUGAAGUACUUGCAGUUUCCAUAAACAUUUUUAGGGGAUUUUAACUUGUUGCAGUUCAUAUUUCAAAGAUGUCUUUUUGUCUGGAACUUUAUUGAAAACUUGUACACAGUUUGUUGAUGCUGUUUAAUUAUCUCAAAGUUUACUGGUGUGUUUUUAAUGUAUUCAUUCUGUAUGUAUAAUUUUGCUACUUUUGUUUUCAUGAAUCCAUCGAACACAAGGACUUUUAUCACUCAAAGACUUUUGAGAUACUACAAUGUUUAUGUUGUGCAGUGGCUAAGAGAAAGAUGUUAGUUAUGUCUUCACCAAAAUAUGUUGGUGCUUGAAAUCAGCCAAGAAAUGUGUGCAAAGCAAAUUAAAAACUAUGCUCUGGAUCUGCUAACUGUUCUGUUCUUUCAACAUUAGUUUUAAUUAAAUGGCACUUUUUUUUUUUUUUUUUUUUUUGUAAUACAAGUAAUGAGCUAUAGUUUUGUAUUUUACAAUUAUAUUGAACAUUUCUAUAAAUCCCUUAGUUUGACAAAAUUAUACAACCCAAUUCAAAAACUGUUGUGAUAGUAUGAAAAUUUCCAAUAAAAACAAAGUGAUUUGUGAAUUAUAUUCACCCUUCGCUAAAUUGAAAAUACUACAACUAAACAUUAUAUGAUGUUUUACAUUGUGAAUUUUAUUAAUGUACAAUAAUUUCAAAUCAAAUGACCACAACACGCUCCAAAAAAAGGUGAAACGGGGCUAAUUUAAGACUAAUAACAAUUUGACGAGUUCAACUAUUAAGGCAAUGUGAAACAGGAGAUAUUAAACAGGUGAGGCAAUCAUAUCAUAGUUUUUUGGUCGAAUGAGUCCACAUUUCAAAAAGUUUUUGAAAAAACAGCCAUGUUAUCCGGGCAAAAGAGGAAAAGGGCCAUCCAAGCGGUUAUUUCCUUCAGGUCCAAAAGUCAGUGUCUGUAUGGGCAGCGGAGUGUCAGUGCCCUUUGGCAUGGGUAACUCGCACAUCUGUGAGGGCACCAUUAAUGGAGACCGAUACAUACAAAUUUUGGAGCAGCAUAUACUGCCAUCCAUUAUAGUCUUUUUUUAGGGACCAGUACUUUAGUUUAAUUGUUAUGCUAUCUAUAAGUUUGAUUUAUUGUCAUGACAUUUGACAAAAGCAGCAUAAACAAGUAUCACAACAAUAGUGCAAAUUGAGUAAACGUAGCAUUAGUCUGUAUUAAACCAAUAGUCCGCAUUGGGCAGAUUGAUCUUGAAGUAUCGAUAUUGUCGAAACUGAUAAUUUGUAGAAUAAAGCAAGUCUGAAAUAACUAUAGAGUCUUCAUCUCUGGGAAUUGUACAUUGAUUAAAACUUCUUUUUCAAAAAUACUAUUCUACAAUUUGCAACUCUUAUUAA